UUUUGAUACGAAAAUACUCUUUUUUCAUUUUUUUGUGAUAUUAUUAAGAAAAUUACUUGGAAUCUCGUUAAAUUAUGGAAGAAGACGAUUAUUGGAACUCUUCCGCCAAUAAGUCAUUCAUUUUUGAUGACAUGGAGGGAGCUGCUUCCGAUCUUCAAAUAAAACAUGACAAACUCGUGUUUGACGAUGCAAUUUCCGAGUCCAGCUACGAAUUUCAGACGUCAGAAGGAUUUCCGAUGCGAUCGUUGAUUUCUGAUGCCGAUUUAAAGACAAUUCUGGAGGAACAGUGUCGCAAUGAACCUGUUUUGCAGAAAAAUAUUACGUUGGAAGAGGAGGUGAAAAUUCUACGACGUGAAAAAUUCGAGCGUUUACAAGGGGCGGAUGUGGAUGUCACCGUUACGAAAAUGAUUUUGGGCAAACCGUGUUCGUUAGAGGCUUAUAAAUCGCUGCGGGACAAGGAACGCUUGCUAGACGAAGCGAUUAAAAGUAAAAAUGGAGACGCGAUAUUGCAUGUCGUGUUAUUUCUCUCUCGCACGUUGAAGAAAAAGCUUUUUUACAACGUUCUGCAGCUGCGUCCCGUUGCCUUGACCUAUUUCGUCAAUUAUUUAAAGCUAAAAAUGCAGAUAAACGAGUGCAUGGACCUUCUUGCGAUGUUGGGAAAAAAUCAAGAGGCCGCAAUGAUCCAAUUUGAGGCAGCUGCGUUGUCGUGCACGAACAUCGACACGAAAAAAUCCAAGUUGACACGGAUUUACAGCGAUUAUUUCUCGCAGCCGGGCACAAAUCCGUUCUAUGCGAAUUUUGUAGCGACUUAUAUUCAUCUGCUCGAAUUCCAAUUGAGCGAAAAGGCAGCUGGGCAUGCAAAUGCCGACACAAUUGUCGGAAGUCCCGUACUGGAAACGCUGAAUUACGUGCUUGGACGUCAUAAAUGGGCAGCAGAUGUGACGACGCCCGACAAUCCAUUCAAAUUUGCGGAAAUUUAUUCCGUUAUUCCGGCGCAAUUCGAGUGGGUUGGACUCACGGAACGGAGUCGCGUGCAGGCAUGGCGUGAUGUGGAGUCGCUAUUUGAGAAAAAAUCGUGGCACAAAGCAAAAACCUUCCAAAUUCACAUUCCACUGGAAAAGGCAAUCCUUCAAUUGUACAGCUUGAAUGCUCCGAGUCCGGUUUUGAAUCAUUUCAUCAAUAAUUUGGAUGAUCCGCAACGGAGAUUGGUUCUCGCAAAGAAGGUGAAUUCGAUAAGGAGUGUCGUGGAUGCGCUUGUGGCUUUAAAAGACAAGACUGAAUUAGAAAAUUUGAGAGAUAGUUUGGGGCAGGGGACUGAAGAGUGGUUUUACGCGGAAGCAGCACUAAAAUUAGUCUCAAGCAAGUGGAAAACGGACGUCUCUUCUAUUAAACUUAUCCGAUAGUGGCAAUAAAUGACAUUUAAAUAAAUUUUCUUAUCAAAAAUUA